AUUGGUGUGAUCACAGUGUGGGUGGGAACAUAAAUUUGCAGAAGUAACUGUCAACCAUUGAUUGAUAACUCUACCUGUAAACCAUUUGGGAGGAACAAAAAUACAACACAGCCAGCAAAUGGCUGAUUCAGAAAAAGAGGUAAUUGAUCUGGCUGAAGCAGAUAUGGAAGACACUUCUCCAGAAAAACAAACAGAAGAAAUUACAGAUGUUGCAGAUGUUAACAAGGAGCAAACAGAUACCAUACCCUUGAGUGAACUAAGUCUACCUUCAAAGCAGGAAUACAACCUAGAUUCAACAACUCAAGAAUUGGGUAUUGCUAAGGAAUCAAUACAAGAGCAGGAUGCUCCUAUAGAACAUGUACAAGAGCCAGAUGCAUUUGAGAACCUGGACAUUAGCCAGGAACCAGGUGUUGCUGAGGAGCAGUUGCAGAGGACAGAUGCUGAAGAAGAUCAAACCAUAGACAUGGAACGAGACAGAGAGGAAGAGCUAGUUGGGGGUGGGAUUGUUGCUGAAGAAUUGGCAUUGGAGUUGGAAAGUACCGGUGACAGUGAAGGUGUUUCUGAGCAGCCUCCUGAUUUAGCAGCUGUUGUUCCAGAAGGCAUAAACAUGGCAAAUUUGGCAGAUCAGCUUUCAGAAAUGAUAAAAAAUGCUAUCGUAACAGUUAAAUUCAUGCUGCAUCCUGAUAUCCAGAUUUUCACGAAGUUUUUUAACAUUAAUCAAAAUGUGGAGCAAAUCAAGCAGUACUUUGCAAAGCGAUUAAAAAUACCACUGGAUCUUUUACAAAUUGGGCUGCUAGGGAGAGUAAUUGAAAAUUAUGAAACCCUCUGGAAUCUUGGUGUGCAACCUAAUGGGACAAUACAGUUUGAUAUGUACUCAUUAGACGGUGAAAACUUUCCACUCAAAGCAUACAAACUUCUGGAAGAAUACUAUAUGCCCGAUGUUAUAACAGUUCGAGUUCAAACAGAGCCAGACAUUUUUCAGGAUGUAUGUAUAGAAAUUAAAAGACCAUCAUUUGAAAAACCAUUCUUGGGUGGAUUUAGACAUAAAGAAACAGGCAUAGAAUAUCAUAAUGCAGGAUCACAGACAGAUCCCAAAAAACGUUCGGACAAAGAAUAUGAAGAGUUCUGUAGGUCAACACAGACAGCAGUAGAAAGAAAAAAAUUGCAACAGACCACAAAUACAACUUGUACACAAAUGACAAAAAUUGGUGUUUAUGUCUCAAAUGUUACUGAUAAGCUUAUAGAACCAAAGCCAUAUGUGACAGCUGACGAAUAUCAUGCACGACGACUUAAGGCGACCAUUGUAAUCCAAACCUAUUGUCGACGAUGGCUAGCUAUUCAAUGGGUAAACAAACUAAAAGAAGAAUUAAGACUGAGACUGGAAUGGGAAAGGCAAGAAGAACUAAGAAAACAGAGAGAGAGGGAAGAAAAAAUGCUAAGGGAGUACAAUCGAAGAAUGCAUCCCAAAACAAAGGAUGAUUUUGAAUUACUUUAUCAUGCCUUAGAAUUAUGGAGAAAAGAGGAACUUGAGGGCAUCAACAGCACUUUCACUGGAGCUGAACGGAAAGCAGCUCUCUGUGGACUUCUAGAAAAAGAGACCCAGCUGGUUGCUUGCAUUGGGAGACACAAAAUAAAUGUAUUAGAAGACAACCACGAAAAAGCAAUCCUGUCCUUUCUGGAAAAGUGUGCAGAACCAAAAAGAUGGAAAGCAUUUGAUGGCAGAACCACAGAAAUGGAUACACAAUUCACACUGCGGGCCAGGGAAUUACUUGGAAUCUAUCGCAGCAUUAGUAUGAAAGAUCUUCCCCAAGAUGAGCGGUUAGAUGUGCUGUUAAGUCUGAAACAUACAGUAAAGGAACAUGAAUGUAAACUCACACAAGAAAUAGUGGAAUUAAUUGAUAGAGAAGCAGACCUCAUGAUGAGAGCAGUGAAGGAAUGUAAUUUACAAGGACUUCGACAAAGAAUCUGUACAUUAUUUCUUCAGUAUAUUAAAACACCACUUUUUAAUCCAGAAGUUGCACGACUUUUGAAGGUACCAGCUGAUCCAAUGAAGCUUUAUCACAACAUCUAUUUUUGCCUGGGUUGCAAAAAAUAUCUACCUUCUACUAGUUUUGCCAUAUCUGUUAGUUCUUGUACCAUUGGCCGGUGUCGUCUGUGCUGCAAGCUGGAUAAUGAGGCUCGUAAGAGGGAAUCAUUUUUGAAGUACAAACGGAUGCUUCGAAACCUCAGAGAGACUGAAAUGAAAUACAACGAUGGUGCUAAGAUCGCCUUUAUACUUCAGCUGCAAGACUUGCACUACAUGGUUGAACAUUUCUGGGGUUCUCAGUCAGCUCUUAGCGCUUGGGAUGAUCUGUAUGAUUUGGUCAUGGUUAGGUGGAAUAGAUGGCAAGAAUGGUCUCCCUGGAACACUGUUCUCCUCAAAGAGGAUGAAGCUGAAGCUCAUCUUAAACUAAGUGAUCUUGAGAAGGCUUAUGAAAAGGUGUUCAUUCACAGAGUAAGGCACAAACAAAUGCUUGCAAGGAACUAUUUCUCUCAGUUCCCAGGGCUGGCAGCUGUUCUUCAUAAAAAUGACAAGCAAACUAACACAGAAGAUCUUUUAGUAACAAAGUCUGUAACAACUGCUUCAUCAAAGUAACGUUAAAGGGAACUUUAGAACAGUUU